GGUUCUCGUAUAAAGUAGACGAUUUCCGCGGUCUCUAUAUGGGCAUUUACGUAAUUUCACUUGCCUCUCUCAGUUCCCCUUUAUAAAGGGAAAGUUUCAUUUACGGUUGAUAUCAGUUUUUUGGCAGAUUAGCGAUUUUGGUAAGAAAAAAAGUGUAGAGUAUGAGUAAUUCGACGAGCAGUGGUCUGAUUCGGACAAAAUCGGAGCAGUUGGUAGAAGCAAUGUCAGCGGCGAUGAAGUCUCCCACGGAGGCGGCGGCCGCCGGCGUUGAGAGCAUCGUCAACUUGUCGAGGAACUCGAGCCGCCGGCUUCUGUCGGCGGCGGCUUCGCCGGGGAGGAGCGGCGCCAGGAGCAAUACUCAUAUUCGGAAAUCGAGGAGCGCGCAGAUGAAAUUCGAUCUGGAUGACGUAAGCAGCGGCGCGGCUCUGAGCCGAGCCUCCAGCGCCAGCUUAGGCUUCUCGUUCCCCUUCACCGGCUUCACCCUCCCGCCGGACGACGUAGCCGACUCCAAGCCGUUCAGCGACGAUGACGACAACAACGAAGACCUCGAAGGAGGAGGAGUCAGAGAAAAGAAGAAACUCCAAACAGAACCAACUCUCCCAAUCUACCUCAAGUUCACAGAUGUAACAUACAAGGUUGUCCUAAAAGGCAUGACAUCCACCGUCGAAAAAGACAUAUUAAAGGGCAUCUCCGGCUGCGUCGACCCCAGCGAGGUUUUAGCGCUAAUGGGGCCAUCCGGCAGCGGCAAGACAACUCUCUUAAGCCUACUCGGAGGGCGCGCAAAAGAGCCUCCUCACGGUGGCUCCAUAACGUACAACGAUCAACGCUAUUCCAAGUCGCUAAAAUGCCGGAUAGGAUUCGUGACUCAAGACGAUGUUCUCUUCCCUCACCUCACCGUGAGGGAAACGUUGACAUACGCCGCUCGAUUGCGCCUUCCGAAGACGUUGACCAAAGUCGAGAAGGAACAACGAGCUAAGGACAUUAUAUACGAGCUCGGCCUCGAGAGGUGCCAAGACACGAUGAUCGGUGGAUCGUUUGUAAGGGGAGUUUCAGGCGGGGAGAGGAAGCGUGUGUGUAUCGGUAACGAGAUUAUCGUAAAUCCUUCCCUAUUGUUCCUCGACGAGCCAACUUCCGGCCUCGACUCCACCACGGCCUUAAGGAUCGUAGAAACAUUGCACAACAUAGCCGAGGCGGGGAAAACGGUGAUAACGACGAUUCACCAGCCGUCGAGUCGACUAUUCCUCAAGUUCAACAAGCUCAUUCUUCUCGGAAAAGGGAGUUUGCUUUACUUCGGAAAAGCAUCGGAAGCGAUGGGUUAUUUCUCGUCGAUCGGAUGCUCGCCGCUCAUCGCCAUGAACCCUGCGGAAUUCAUGCUCGACUUAGCAAACGGAAAUGUAAUCGACAUCUCCGUCCCGUCCGAAUGGAUGGAUCGAGUCCAAACCGGGAACCCCGAAGCUCGAACCAAGGAUGGAAAACCGGCUCCGGCGGUGGUGCACGAGUAUUUGGUCGAGGCAUAUGAGACGAAGGUCGCCGAGGCGGAGAAGAAGAAAUUAAUGGCGCCAAUCCCCAUCGACGACGAGCUUAAAGUGCGUAGCAAGACGAGAGAAUGGGGAGCCAGUUGGGGGAACCAAUAUUCGAUACUAUUUUGUCGAGGCCUCAAGGAGCGUCGACACGACUAUUUUAGUUGGUUGAGGAUCACGCAAGUCGUCGCGACCGCGACAGUUUUGGGGAUGCUUUGGUGGCAAUCCGGUAGCGACGAUCCAAGCAAACUUCAAGACCAGGCCGGGUUGUUGUUCUUCAUAUCGGUGUUUUGGGGAUUCUUCCCGGUGUUCACGGCGAUCUUCACAUUUCCUCAAGAGCGUGCGAUGCUUAAUAAGGAGCGCGCGGCCGAUAUGUACAGAUUAAGUGCUUAUUUCAUGGCUCGAACGACGAGUGAUCUCCCGCUCGACCUCAUCUUGCCGGUGAUAUUUCUUCUCGUCGUCUACUUCAUGGCGGGGCUAAGGAUGGAUACCGCGGCAUUUUUCCUUACAAUAUCGAUUGUUUUUCUUUGCAUUAUUGCUGCUCAGGGAUUGGGGCUCGUCAUUGGGGCGACGCUCAUGGAUUUGAAGAAGGCGACGACUCUUGCUUCGGUUACGGUUAUGACAUUUAUGCUCGCCGGCGGAUACUUCGUGAAGGAUGUGCCGGUGUUCAUCUCGUGGCUUCGGUACCUCUCGUACAACUACCACACGUACAAGCUUCUCUUGAAGGUGCAGUACGGGCACUUAAGCCACACGAUACACGGUGUGAGGGUCGGGGACGGGUACAAAGAAGCCGGCGUGCUCGGGGCUAUGGUUGUCGGGUAUAGGCUCGUCGCGUACCUAUCGUUGCGCCGGAUGAAGUUGCACCCGGGGGCUUAAGGGGGAGCUCCAAAAGCUUAAGGCUAUGCCAACAAUGGAGUUUGAGACUUAUCAAAUUUGUUUUGUUUUUGUUUUUGAUUUUUUUUUCCCCUCUAAAGUGAGGUUGUUUUAGAGUGUCACAUUUUUGCAUGAUAAAUGAAAAUCAUGUUAUCAUAUAUAGGGUAAUAUUGCAUCAUAUACUUUCGUAUUUUAUAUAAAAUAUUAUGUAUUUUAUUUAUUGCAUAAUGUACCAAUUUUAUCGCUGUAAAAUAUAAUUUACCCUUUUAUUAUA